AUGCCUACCUCGACCAUCUGGCGCCGGGGCCGUGACCUGGGAGGCCUGCGGCGAGCGAGCCCUGUACGUCCGUCGGUCGAACUCAUCGAACGCCUGUCCCCUGAUCCCACUUUCGAAUCCCCUGCCGUCGAAGUCGCCUCGCUCCCUCUACGGUAUUCACCCGAUGGCGGCUACACAUUGAGAGGACUUGGCCUCUCUGAUAUUGGAGAAGUCGAGAACAAUGAGUCCGCUCUACAACCAGAUCACCUAUACUAUGACCAGGACGGCGCAGCCCAUGUUGCGGGUAAGAUAAAAGGUGGCGCGAGUACCAGUUUCGGGCACUCUGGAGUCGGGUCGCUAGACUGGGCGACCAGAAGCGCCAAUCCUACUUCCGGCUUCCUGCAAGACAAUCGACGCCUCCAUGGAAAGGGACAUACGCGCUCCGGCUCUACGAUCGAUGACCUUGCGACCGCCGCAAUUGCAACAAGCCCCGUUUUGGCUAGCGCAACCACUUCUUCUCUACCCAAGGGAAGCUCGUACACUGCUACUCGCCCUUCUACCUCCUAUAUCCGUCGCUAUAGUCAUGAAGGUCCCUCAAAUGGUCCGCCCGCAAAACGCAUCAAAUCCGAGCGAAUACCCAGCCUCGAGUGGUCGCCGCGUGCGGACAGACCAAAAACAAGCGGAGGGUAUAGUACAUCAGAUGUCGACCAUGAAGAUGCACUUCUACUACUUGAGCUGAAGAACGAAGUCAAUUUCAAAAAUCAUACAAUUACCCCAAAGCUUGAUACGGUGCCUGAAUGCCAGCUGUCGAUGUCACCCAUCUCUCCCCAGUCCUCCUCCAAGCCGCGGAAUCAAGGAAGCCCAACCACACAGUUACAUCCGAGCGUGAAGAGUUGGUCUAGAGAACAGCACAUGUCUGAAGAUGUGUCCAGUGUGAGAGGUGUUUCCAUGGCAGAGAAAUCCGAGUCGGUACACCUGGAAGCGGCGAACGGGGGAAACGCUCCGGACGUUCCAACACAAGAGUCCACAGGAACCCACGUUGCUGAUGAUGCCCUGCCACCGGUGUCUGCAGAACCUCCCGAGCCUGAAGUGACCGAAGCGGAGCAACCGUCCAAGAAGCAGCGUCGUAUCAAGCCAGAACAAGAAGCCGAGGUUUGCGCAGCAUGUCAGCGCCUACAAUUGGAAAAGGUGGAUAAACAAGACACUUCUACCUUCUGGAUCAGGUGUGACGCCUGCAAACGCUGGUUUCAUGCAGAAUGUGCUGGUUUCAAGACAAAGGCAGAAGCAAGGAGUGUGGAUAAGUACAUUUGCAAAGACUGUGAACCUAUACAUGGGCCAACCACAUACGUGCGAAAGUCGUCCCGUCCGAGGACUGCCAUUGAUUACGCUGGCCUCAACCAAGGUCUGGUAAAGUCAUCUAUAGAGACCACGAAUCACCACUAUAUCCUGCCAAUCAAAGAAGGCAAGAUGAGGACCAUACCAGAUGAUUUCGCUCGAGUCCGGCCAGAAGAGCUUACAAUGGAGUUCAUGGAAAGCUUUGAGGGAUUCAAACGGCCCUUUGUGGUUCCGGCUGAAUGGAACCCUCGAACUCUUGUGAGGCCCGGUCCUGUCGAACGUGGUUCGACUCGUCCUGCCAAAGAUUCCACAGCUUUCACACUCAUCAACAGCGCCGGAAGAAACCCAGAUCCUGACGCCACGCCGCCGUUGGAACUUGGGGAACAAGAGGUCAUCGACUGUGAUCAGGACUCAAUGGAUAUGGUGAUGCCACGCGGUUUGACAGUCCGAAAAGUUGCCGAGCUCUGUGGCCCUGAUGAACCUGUGCCCGUGAUCGAUGUCAAGUCUCAAGAGACCAAGGGCUAUUACACCCUCCGAGAAUGGGCGGGCUACUAUGAGCAGGAAGGUGAAAAGCCUGUCCAAAAUGUUAUCAGCCUCGAAGUUUCACACACUCCACUCGGCAAACUUAUCCAGCGGCCCAAAGUAGUUCGAGAUCUCGACCUGGACGACCAUGUUUGGGUGGUUGAUGCUGAGACCCGACUCAAGAAGAGGCCAGUAUCGUUCUAUUGCCUGAUGUCAGUUGCUGACAGCUACACGGACUUCCAUAUUGAUUUUGGAGGCUCCUCUGUGUACUAUCACAUUCUGCAAGGGACAAAGACAUUCUUCUUCAUACCGCCGGAGGACAAGUACCUAAAGAAGUAUGAGGAAUGGUGCAACUCAGAGUCUCAGAACGAGACGUGGCUGGGAGACCUCUGCGGUGGCAACUGUACAAGAGUUGACCUCCACGCAGGAGACACGGCUUUCAUUCCCGCAGGCUGGAUCCACUCAGUCUGGACACCGGAAGACAGCUUGGUGAUCGGCGGUAACUUUUUGACUCGUCUGGACUACGAGAUGCAGCUCAAAAUCGUGAGCAUUGAGAAGGCCACCAAGGUGGCGCCCAAAUUCCGCUAUCCGUACUUCCAGAAAGUCAUGUGGUAUGCUUUGAUCCAAUACCUGGACCAAGAUCCCGUACCGGAAGAGAUGUUGAAUGACUUCCGCGAUAACCAUGCCUAUGUUUUCCCACGAACAAACCCGAUUUGGCAGAAAAUGGGAGAGUCUGAAAAUACAGCACAGCCUGGUGAUCCAGCUUACAAUUCAAGGCAUUACCCGAAGUCUGAGGUGGACGGUUGGCCGGCAUUACGAGAUUUUCUGUAUCGGACAGCUCGAAUAGAUGCGGGCUUGCCGGUACCAGAUAUCACCAAGAAACAGAUCGAUGCUGUGAAGGCGUCUAUACCCAAGGGCUAUGGUGAUCCACUCACGAUGACGAAAAUCUUCGCAAUCUGGUGUGCAUGGAAGAUCGGUAACACCACCGCGCCAGAUUGGGUUUACUCAGAUGGCCCAUUAGAGGUGGAGAAGCCCAAGAAGCCCGAGCCUGUUCGCGUGGCAGGAGAAAGGAGUUCCUCUCGAAGAGUCGCGCAAGCACAGGCUCAGGCGGCACAAGCAGAGGUCCACGCGCAAACACAGGCUCAAACACCUCCGGCCAAAAACGGACCCAGAGGAAACGGAUUGAGAGUCGCAUGUGAGCCUUGUCGGAAACGCCGUAUAAAAUGUCGACAUAAGUCGGGUGGUGAAACACCUCGCCGCACGCCGGAGAUUCGUCCCAGGAGUUUCUCUAGUGCCGAUCACCAUUCCCUAGCUGGCGCAGCAGCGUUUACCAACGGCACCCUAGGAGAGGUUGUCUCCCCAGAAACCCGGAUACCCGACGGGGUUGGUGCAGAAGUUGCGCAGGCUGACCCUCAGUCCUCAUCGAAGAAAAGUCGGAGCAAAGCUUGUGAAGACUGCAGGAAAAGCAAGCGUCGUUGUGUUCACGAUCAAUAUGGUCGCAUCGACCCCGCGAAAGUAGCAGAGCCUUCGAAGCCUCGCGGGUCAACGAAUGUAAAACGCAGCACCCACGCCAAUGAGGAGACCAAACAACCAGGACCAGAAAUUGACAACCUCGAGGACUUAAUCGACCCUGCCCUGAUCAAUGGUGAUACCUCUCAAUUAGCCCAUGAUGUUGACGACGAGACGUUUCAUACGCCAGGACCUGCGAACGAUGGGAGCCCAACUAGUGAAGACAAACACGCAGAUGAAGAUGUCUUCAUGACGAAUGGUGUCGGCGAAAAUACCGCAGUGGUCGAUCCCGCUCUAGAGAGCAUGGAGGAAGAAGCAGCACUUAUCAAAACCGAGCAUGAUCCAACUGCAGGAUCGGCAGACACGAGCGCCUUGAACGAAAACAACAAUCUUUCCACUCCGAACACGAAUCAAAAUGGUGCACCUGUCGACGGCGAGAUUUCUGGACAUUACGCUUGGACGCCUGGAUCGAGACAAUCGUCUCGCCAACCCAAACAAGUAGAAAGAUACACGCCCGAAGAGAAACGAUCGCCCACCAAGCUGCAUCCAAAGCCCCAGAGGAACGAUCGACGGGCAUCGAGCGCUGCGAGCGUACACACGGUGGUGACCAGUGUCAAGAGUGAACGUUCAUCUAGCAAUACUUCGGGUACCACGCACCAAAUCGCGGCCAUCCUGACCAGCAGACGUAGUGCGUCUCUGGAAACCCCUGCUCGACCUGUGAGCAGAGGAAGUAUAGGGGGAGAAAGUGAUGUGAAUGCAGACGACGAAAAGUUUGCCAGAGAACUGCAAGCGGCAGAGAAUGGGUUAAGGCGUCGGACCAGUAUGAGGGCUUAG